AUGGCGAUCGAUGAGUUGAACUGCAGCGUCAACUGUCGUCGUGGUUCAGUGACGUGCCAGACCAGAGGGCUGCACCUGGAGCCGCGCGACGUGGAGCCGACGUGCCCCACGGUGCCUGAGAAGCGGUGCCGUGCAUGGGGCCGCUCUGCCCUCCAGCGCCGGGACGGGGACUGGCUAUGGCAGUUGGGAUCUCUGGACAAAUUCUUCGACUACCUCGACAACCCCCACGGCCACUGCCUGCAUAAAUCACUUGUUGGGGGACGCAUCGAGGAAAAGCAGAAAAAAAUCUACAUGGAUGGACAGAAGGUGGUCUGCACCGACCCUCCCUUCAUCAUGAAGCCAGAUUCCUGCAAGGUUUUCUCUUUCGGCAUCCGAAUGACGCACUACGAGUUCGAGUUGACGAUGGCAGAUUUUGGCUGUAAAGUCUUCAUCUUUGAUCCCGAAGCUGAUCGUAAAACUGUGGAAGAAAUGCAUCCAAAUUUCAAAAUGCAACUCCUUCGCAUUGGCGAUGACCGGAGGGAGCGCCGGGGCAGCAGCAGCAUCCACGAGUGGCGUAGGAUGUCGUCCAUCAUAGACAGCGAACUCAGAUCCAACAAAUCGUACUCUAUCGACUACCUCAAGCUUGACGUCCAAGGCGACGAGCUUAAUUUCCUAGAAGAAAUUAUCACAAAAAGAACGCGAAUUUUGAUAAGGUUCAAACAAAUUAGCAUUAAAAUUAAUAUAGGAGUGAUAGGGACGCCAUCUUGGGCAGACGUUGACCGCUACCACAGAUAUUUCGUGUCUUUGGAGCGACGGGGCUACAGAUUGUUUAGUUCUACGGCGGACCCCGUACAGCAUGUGAGGUUCAUCUUACCCGAGGAGAACAGGAUCGCCAACACCCACUACGAUCUAGUGUGGGGCAAGUGUGAAGAAUGACAACAACAAUAUCACUUUAAAAAUGAACAAUAACCUUAGUGAUGAAUGACCUUAACAAUAUAUUGCGAUCUUGUGUGAAGCAAGUGUUAGGAAUGACUUAAACAAUAUAUUGUGAUCUUAUGUGAGACAAGUGUAACAAAUGAGUUAAACAAUAUAUUGCACUCUUGAGUGGAUAAUUGUGAGGAGGCAAGUGUGAACGAAAUCUUUCUGUAGAUCAAUACGUCCAAGGCAAUGUAUCUUCAAUACACCCUUAGCGUAUUAACCCUUUGACAUCUGACCGAUGUACCGUACCUUCAAGCAUUUUGAUAUGACUAGUAUUGACAAUGGAUAUUUAAUCCGGAAUCAAAGAGUCGGUGUCCGAGGGCAACACAUGAUACCUGCAGGGAGAAGCCCUAUGUUGGUUCCUCCCCGUAUUUCGAGCCGAUCGAGUAACGUAUCAGUUUAAAUUCAUAGUUCUUAUUUCUGUGUUUAAGCUCACGAAAUUAUCUUUUGGCCAAGUUCUGAUUUGCAAGAAGACUGUUUUAACUACCUAAAAAUGUUCUGUCUGCAAUGAGUUAGCUUCUAUGUAUUCGCUGUGGGUUAGAGCAGCAGAAUUAUUAUACUGCUAGCUUGUUUGCGCAAUCCAUCAAAGGCGUAUGUACCAACAAACCAAUCCAUCAACGGCUUAUGUACCAAUAACCACCCAAUCCAGCAAAGGCUUAUGUACCAACAAACCAACCCAUCGACGACUUAUGUACCAAUUCAUCAACGGCUUCUGUACCAACCGACCUAUCCAUCAACGGCUUAUGUACAAACCAACCAAUCUAUCAACGGCUUAUGUACCAACCAACCAAUCCAUCAACGGCUUAUGUACCAACCAACCAAUCCAUCAACGGCUUUUGUACCAACCAACCAAUACAUCAACGGCUUAUGUACCAACCAACCAAUACAUCAACGGCUUAUGUACCAACCAACCAAUACAUCAACGGCUUAUGUACUGACCAACCAUGCAAUAAUCACCGCACCGGCCAACACAAUCUACCGGAGUGAAGAACAUCAAAGAGGACUCGAUAUCAGUCGCAGCAUUUUUUUAGGUCCACAGAGACAAAUAGAUCAGAUUCGACAACAAAAGCAGCAGCUGUUGACAUUGCACGAAUAACAUGUUGCAUAGCAACAAAUGCAACAGCUGUUGAGCCUGAAACCCCUGACUUGCAGUGCUGCAGCAACUAGAAGAACGCAUGGAAAGAAAUGGUCUGGUAUCAUGAUAGCCAACAUAGAGGGACUUUUCUCAAGAAAAAACGCCACAAGAACAGCGUACCUAAAGAAAUUUCUGAGACAAAAGGCAUAAUCAUGCUUGCCUUAACCGAGUUAAACCUGAGAGAGGAUAUCCAAGAUGGAUAAAUCGAGAUGAAAGGCUUUCAACAUUACCGAGCAGACCGAAAAGAAGGGAGGAGAAAAAGGAGGCGUUAUAGUCUACCUCAGAAACUCCCUCGCAACAAAAACAGUUCCCCUGCAUAUAGGCUCCAAUGGAUAUGUGGAACAUGUUAUACUAUACAUCUCCAAUCUCCAACUGUGCAUAGCUAUCGUAUACCGGCCGCCUGACUGCCCGCCCGAAAAAUUCAAUG